AUGGAUCCUCAUUUUACUAAUGAAAUUCAUAACUCAGCACGAAAAUAUUAUCGUCUUGCAUGUCUUCGAGAUAAAGAAGUGGUCAUUCAUUUAUCAAAAGAACAACUAUGUUUUUGCCCAAUUUACAAAUUUACCAGUGUUGAUGGAUUAUAUGUGGCACAUGUUGGUCAAAUUCAAAAAGAGUUAACUGGCGUAAAACGAUUUUAUUCUUUCUUAAGACACACAGUAAAAUUGGAUUCUAGAGAAAAUCAUUUACCAAACAUAGUGGCAUUGAAAGCGGUAGCUCAUAAAGUUGAAUUGAAUUAUGUUGAUCCGCUAAAGGAAUUUCUUAAUGUUGUAUAUGAUAAAGAUAAUGAAGAAUUUACUGAAAUUUUUGUAGAGACAGAUUCAUUGAUAUCGAUUGAUUCAAUACCAACUACCGUUCGUUCUGCCACAUAUCCACCAGGAAGACCAAGUGAACCAUUUGAUAGUGCACCUAACGAGUCUUAUCCCAAUGAAAAUUUGUCUCCGAAUGUUAUUAAUCCGGUCAAACGUAAAGAAUCUUUACCAUGGUGA